AUGGAUGCUGUGGAACUUGCCAGAAGGCUGCAAGAGGAGGCCACUUGCUCCAUCUGCCUGGACUAUUUUAUAGACCCAGUGAUGACUGUCUGUGGGCACAACUUCUGCCGAGAAUGCAUCCAACUGAGCUGGGAGAAAGGGAAAGGGAAGAAAGGGAGAAGGAAACGGAGAGGUUCUUUCCCCUGUCCCGAAUGCAGAGAGAUAUCUCCACAGAGGAACCUCCGGCCAAACCGCCUGCUUACCAAAGUGGCUGAGAUGGCACGCCAGCACCCUGGCCUCCAGAAGAGGGACCUGUGUAAGAUACACCAGGAACUUCUGAAACUGUUCUGCCAGGAGGACCAGAGCCCUAUCUGUGUUGUCUGCAGAGAGUCCCGAGAACACCGGCUCCACACUGUGUUCCCCAUCGAUGAGGCCAUCCAGGAUUACAAGGAGAAGUUGGAGGAAAACAUGGAAUACCUGAGAGAGGAAAUGAUGAAGACUGAGGCGGUGCUGGCCAGAGAAGACAGGACCAUGAAAGAAUGGCAGGAGAAAGUGAAGAACCAGAGAGACCACAUCAUGAUGGAGUUUGAGAAGAUGUGCAUCUUUCUGGCUGAGGAGGAGCAGCGCCUUCUCCAGGCCCUGAAGAAGGAGGAGGAUGAGACAUCAGAGAAGCUGCAUGAGAACAAGGCCAUUCUGGACGAGCAGAGCUGCUCCCUGGAGAUGCUGAUUCUGGAGCUGGAGGACAAGAGGGAGCAUUCAGCGCUGCAGAUGCUGCAGGAUAUGAAUCAUCCACUUGACAGGGUAAAGAACCUGAGGACACAGUACCCAGAAGCCAUCCCCAUCGGGCUGAAGACUGUGUGCAAGGUGCCUGGGCAGAUAGAGGUGCUAAGGUGUUUCCAAGUGGAUGUGGUGCCCGAUCCUGCCACAGCAUACCCCUACCUCGUCCUGUAUGAGAGCCGGCAGAGGUGCUACCUCAACUGCCCAGUGGACAGCACAUUCCACGGCAAGGACAGAUUCCUCGCCUACCCCUGCAUGGUGGGCCAGACAGCCUUCUCUGCGGGUAGAUACUACUGGGAGGUGGGCAUGAACCUUACCGGGGAAGCGCUAUGGGCUCUGGGUGUGUGCAGAGACAAUAUCAGCCGGAAGGAGCGGGUCCCCAAGUCCCCCGAGAAUGGAUUCUGGGUUGUGCAGCUAUCUAAGGGGAAGAAAUACUUACCCAUGCUCUCAGCUGCCACCCCCUUCACACUGUUGGAGCCCCCUAGCCAUGUGGGGAUCUUCCUGGACUAUGAGGCUGGGGAUGUUUCUUUCUACAACGUGAACAAUGGAUCACAUCUGCACACUUACUCCCAGGCCACCUUCUUAGGCCCCCUGCAGCCUUUCUUCUGCCUUGGGGCUCCUAAAACAGGCCAGAUGGUAAUCUCCACAGUGACUGCAUGGGUGAAGGGCUAG